ACAUGCCCGGUGGUGUGCUCGAGAUAAGGUGCUGCCCCAAGAUCAAGAAUUAGAACGGGUCGCCUUUUACAGCAUGCGGUGCGCUGUGAGCGUUGGGAAAUGGCAAAGUUCUUGCUACAAAAGGAAGCUCAAUAUUUCGAUGAACUGGUAAAUUUUACGCCCAAAAUCCUUAGCAAUACUGGAAGGCUCCGUACACUCGAACGCACUCCAAUGUCACUGGACAAUUUGCCAAAGAUAGCAAAAACAACUUACGCCCUCCCUCGACGACAUAACCGGUUGAGGUCUUCAUUACACAAUCGUCCAAAUGAUCGUCUUCAGCGACAUGCAUUUCCUUCGGUCAGCUCGUGCGCCGAUGCUACAAAAAGCCACCAGGGCUGCCCUUACCUGCGAUGACGGCAUGAUUGCGGGCAAUGUCAAUCACGGCCACUCGCUAUGCAAAUUGGCGUAGGCUUUGGAACGGUGGCAGCGAGUGCUAACAAACAACACACAUGCCGUGGAGGCCCUCGCUGUGGUUGAGCCGGAACGUGUGGUCACCGGUAAUGUCCACUUGCGCGAAUUAACUGUUUGGCCUUGACAUACAGCGGGUCAAAAAUGUAAACAAUCAGAAUGAAAGUAAUUUGAUGCGGAUCAUUCUAGAUUGCUGCUUAGGAAGGUAGUGACAGUUUCGAUCGCACUGAUGGCGAAGGCUUUCGGCUGACUCUUCUGGGCAAAAAAAAAAGAAAUAUAAGACCUAAGGUUCCUGUCAAACUUUUACUAUUAAGUAAUAUGUCAAACAGAUCGGCUAAAUUCUUCAUGAUGCCCAUGGAUGUUCUAGUUCCACCAUUAGCGAAAGUAAACCACCGUUUGCUCAAGUUCAAGCAUUAAGGUCUAGCCCAAGAACACCCAACCCCUUCGAACCGUCGCGUUCGGUGAAGCGCAUCGACCAAUUCACCCACUUUCUAUUUGCCCACUGCAAAAGGUUCGCCCACUCCGUUAGAACAUUGUGCAAUUCUUAUAAAAGCAUUGUCUAACCAAAUACAUAUCAUCAGUUCGGAAGCUUCCACGGUACGGUGCAUCCUUCAGCAGUAGUCAAAAUGCUCAAACUCUUUGCACUGUCAGCUUGCCUCGUUGCGUUCGUGCACGGUGCACACAUCAAACGGCAGACGAGCUAUGAAACGGCGAUAAAGCACGAACCCAUCGAAUCGAGCCACCACCACCAGCUGGAGGAAGUCGAUGCGGGUAAGGCGUCCGUCGAAGAGUCGCAGGAUUAUUACGCCUAUCCGAAGUAUCAGUUCGAGUACGGUGUCAAGGAUCCGCUGACGGGUGAUCACAAGAGCCAGUGGGAAAUGCGGGACGGCGAUAUCGUGAAGGGAUCUUACACGCUGGAUGAACCGGACGGAACGCAGCGCAUCGUAGAGUAUCGGGCCGACGAUCAGAACGGGUUUGUGGCGAUCGUGAAGAAGAUCGGCAAACCUAAGCACCCGGAGGAGAUGCAGGCCAAGAAGCUGCUGGAGUUGAAGGGUCCGGACGCCCACCAUGCUGUCGGGCAAAGUUACAGCAAACUGAAAAAGUUCAGCUGAUUCCCGGAGAACGAGGGGAGGAGGGGAGCAUAGACCCUUGACUCGCGAUGGUGUCAUAAUGGAAUUUACAUACAAAAUAAAUUCGUUCUGCGGAACGCUUGAAUAGACUAUUCACAGCAAGCAUUUUUUUUCUGUUGGAAACAGUGAUGGUGGUCGCGGGGAAGGAAUUUUUUGAUUGCAGUGGUAGAGAAAACGGAUGGCAGCUGGGAGUUCACAGGA